UGCGUCAGGGGCUGCGUGGCCCUUCGCGUUGAUUUUUUUUUUUUUUUUUUCUUAAUUUAUUUUUUUUAAAUCGCUUUUCCUUUCUUUCUGUAUUUCCCGGGAGCCGAGCGGAGUUACCUCCCUCCGGCGAAGGCGAGCGGGGCCGGGCGAGCCCAGCGCGCAUCCACCGGGCGGUGGCGGGGCGAGGCGGGGGGGGACCCGGAGCGGAGCCACCGGUACCUCGGAGCUUCACGGCAGCGCCGUGCGGAGCCGCUCCCGGUCACCGCUCGCCUUUCCCGGUCACUGCCGCUCCCGUUUGCCCGGCUCCCCGCUGCACCGGCAGCCUCGCACCGGCCCCGCCGCCGCCCGGACUCGCCAUUCCCCCCCCCUCACCGGAGCGGGGGGAACCUGGGUGAUUUCUACCGGGAAUUUGCGCCGUUUCCUCCGGGACCGGGCCAGUUUCUCCUGGAAUCGGGUCGGUUUCAUCCUGCCAGGGAGCCGCCGCAGCGCCGAGGUCCUGCUGAUGAAGAGGAGGUGAGGCCCGAGCUGUAGCUCACACCCGUGCUGCUCCCUGUGGGACAUUCAUCCUCUUCCCUCCUCCCAUCCUGCCCCCGGGGCCGCCUGGAGCCGUCCCGAUGCCGAAGAACAGCAAGGUGACGCAGCGGGAGCACAGCAGCGAGCAUGUCACCGAGUCGGUGGCCGACCUGCUGGCCCACCAGGAGCCCGUGGACUACAAACGCAGCGUCCUUAACGUGACGGGGGAGACCUGGGACAAGCAGAAGGAGGGAGAUGAGGACCUGGACGCGGAGAACCGGCCGGCGUGGAACAGCAAGCUGCAGUACAUCCUGGCGCAAAUUGGCUACUCCGUGGGGCUGGGAAACGUCUGGCGCUUCCCCUACCUCUGCCAGAAGAACGGAGGAGGUGCAUACCUGGUCCCAUACCUGGUCCUGCUCAUCAUCAUCGGGCUGCCCCUGUUCUUCCUGGAGCUGGCAGUGGGGCAGCGGAUCCGCCGGGGCAGCAUCGGCGUCUGGAAUUACAUCUGUCCCCGCCUGGGAGGCAUCGGCUACGCCAGCUGCCUCGUCUGUUUCUUUGUUGGUCUCUACUACAAUGUCAUCAUCGGCUGGAGCAUCUUUUACUUCUUCAAGUCCUUCCAGUACCCCCUGCCCUGGAGCGAGUGCCCCAUCGUGAAGAACGGCUCGGUGGCCGUUGUGGAGACUGAAUGCGAGAGGAGCUCAGCCACCACCUACUUCUGGUACCGGGAGACCCUGGACAUCUCCAACUCCAUCUCUGAGAGCGGGGGGCUGAACUGGAAGAUGACCCUGUGUCUGCUGGUGGCCUGGAGCCUUGUUGGCCUGGCCAUGAUCAAAGGCAUCCAGUCCUCAGGGAAGGUGAUGUACUUCAGCUCCCUCUUCCCAUACGUGGUGCUCGUUUGCUUCCUGGUGCGGGGACUGCUGCUGCGUGGGGCAGUGGAUGGGAUCAUGCACAUGUUCACGCCCAAGCUGGACAAGAUGCUGGACCCCCAGGUGUGGCGUGAAGCAGCCACACAGGUUUUCUUCGCCUUGGGCCUGGGUUUCGGGGGGGUCAUUGCCUUCUCCAGCUACAACAAGCAGGACAACAACUGCCACUUCGAUGCCACCCUUGUCUCCUUCAUCAACUUCUUCACGUCUGUGCUGGCCACCCUGGUUGUGUUUGCUGUGCUGGGCUUCAAGGCCAACAUCAUGAAUGAGAAAUGUGUGGUGGAGAACGCUGAGAAGAUCUUGGGCUACCUGAACACCAACGUGCUGAGCCACGACCUCAUCCCACCCCACGUGAACUUCUCCCACCUCACCGCCAAAGACUACAACGAGAUGUACCGGGUGAUCAUGACGGUGAAGGAGGGGCACUUCAAAGAGCUGGGCCUGGAUGCCUGCCUGCUGGAGGACGAACUCAACAAGUCGGUGCAAGGGACUGGGCUGGCCUUCAUCGCCUUCACAGAAGCCAUGACCCACUUCCCAGCCUCGCCCUUUUGGUCCGUCAUGUUCUUCUUGAUGCUGAUCAACCUGGGCUUGGGGAGCAUGAUCGGGACCAUGUCAGGCAUCACCACGCCCAUCAUCGACACCUUCAAGGUGCGGAAGGAAGUGUUCACAGUCGGUUGCUGCAUCUUCGCCUUCGUGGUGGGGCUGAUCUUUGUGCAGCGUUCUGGAAAUUACUUUGUCACCAUGUUUGACGAUUACUCGGCCACGUUGCCGCUCACCGUCGUGGUCAUCCUGGAGAACAUCGCUGUGGCCUGGAUUUACGGCACCAAGAAGUUCAUGCAGGAGCUGACAGAAAUGCUGGGUUUCCGGCCCUACCAGUUCUACUACUACGCCUGGAAGUACGUGUCUCCCAUCUGCAUGGCCGUGCUCAUGACCGCCAGCAUCAUCCAGCUGGGAGUCAGCCCGCCAGGAUACAGCGCAUGGAUCAGAGAGGAGGCUGCUGAAAAGUUCCUGUUCUACCCAACUUGGGCCAUGGCCAUCCUCAUCUCCCUGAUCAUCCUGGCAUCCCUCCCUCUGCCUCUGGUCUUCAUCCUCCGGCAGUUCCACCUCGUGUCGGAUGGCUCCAACGCUCUCUCUGUCACCUACAAGAAGGGGCGGAUGAUGAAGGACAUCUCCAACCUGGAAGACAACGAUGAGACCCGCUUCAUCCUGAGCAAAGUGCCCAGCGAGACCCCGUCCCCCAUGCCCACACACCGCUCCUACCUGGGCCCCGGGAGCAACUCCCCCAUGGAAAUGAGCAGUGCUCCCAACGGACGAUACGGGAGCGGGUACCUCCUGGCCAGCACCCCUGAGUCUGAACUGUGAUGGUUGCCUGCCAACCACCCCCACCGGGAGAGGAGGGCACUGGGGAGUGGAUCCUGGCUGUCCAGGCAACAGGAAAAUUAAUUACUAAGGAAGAUGAAGAAGAAACCCCUCUUAAAACCGUAAGCAAAGCAGCCAUUUCUGAGAUGACGUCGGGAAGAAGGGAUUGCAGGAGGGGCAGGACUCCUCUGACAACCCUCGGUGGAAAGGCAGGACCCCUGGACUCAUCUCCGGGGAAGGGAGGAGGAGUAAGAGGCGCUGCAAUACCUUUCCAAGAGUUGUUCUCAUGCAGCUCAAAUCUGAAGCAAAGAAUCUCUCUUUUCUAAGCAGCUGAUGGUUGGAACAAGGACCUGGCAGCAGGUGGGAAGCCAAUCAUACUUCCUCCUGUCACCCAGUGCUCUUCCCUCCCUGUCUGUUGUCCUUUAGCCGGGAGGAGUCAUGGCCUUAUUCCAACGAGCACAAUUAACCAUCGAUGUUCAUAGCACAAAAAGGUGCUGUUGUUGUCACCAUCGUUGUUGUUGUUGUUGUAUCUCCUGUAGGUUUUUAUAGCUGUGGACACACCCAAAUAACCCCCCAAAUUCUGGCCAGGGUUGGCAGGGAGCAGUGUGGGGCCAGCUGAGAUAUUGGGGUGGGUAAGAGAGGGCAUGGGGCAUCCCUGGAAUCUUUAUUGCCACCAGCAUAGGGAUGGUGGCUGGGAGUUGCUUGGGGGCAUGGAGAUGUCACAGCCAUGGGAUGGACCGGCUGGGAUGCUCCGUGGGCUGGUGGCGAUCGUGCUGAGUGGCAGGAGGACCCCUGAAGUGACAGUGGUUUGGAUGUGUGAGCCUGUGUGUGGUCUGGACGGGGUGAGCGUGCUGGGGGUCACGAGCGCUCUCCUGGAAUUACUCCUGACGUGUGGGAUGCUCUGCUGAUCCAAAAUCCCUGGCACGGUGAUCAUCUCCUCUCACUCCUCUCUUUAGAUGUCCCCGAAGGACAAGCAGAGGAGCUGUGGGACAUCCAGUCCUACCACACUCCUGGUUUAGCUCUCAGGAAACCACCCCCUGACCGCCCUCCCUUGCCCCGCUGAGCUGCGCAGUGAUUCUCUCUGGACGUGCCUCCUCAUUUCUCCUCGUGUCCCAUCCAAGCCAGGGGUUUGGCAUUGCCUCCUGUCACACCCCACAGGAGCUCACCAGCCUUUGGGUGGGGGUGACCAGCUCCUGGGGACCACAGGCACCCAAGGAGCAGCAGCUCUUGGGAGCCAGUGCCAGGUGCCAGGUCCCCAGUAGCUCUUGAUCCAGGCUGGGGAGCCCUUGGGAGAGUCCAGGGGCCUCUCUCGUGCCCAUCCUUGCUUUUGGGGGCUCACAUUGAUGUGACCUUAUGUUGUUUCUCCCCAGGCUGUUUAGGAAAGGGUGGGAUCUCCCAGCUUUGGGUCUUUCCGACCGGGACUGAGGGUCGUUUCCCUGAAUCCUACACGUAACCAAGCACUCUGCCAAGGGUACUGGGAUAACCUGGCAUCAUCCCCCUUUUCCUUGGGGACGGGGAAGCAGCCGCCUCCUUGCACACUCUCUCCCCUCUGUCGCCUCCAAAGGCUGGGGGAGCACCUCAGCCUGGGUCCUGCUGGGCUCAGGUUGUGCAUGAAGAUCUUUCGGGCCGCUCUGAAGGCCGCGUUUGUGGGUGCUGGUUCACGAGUCCUUCUCUCCUCCACUUUCCUGUCGAUUGCUUUUCUUUCACCUUGAUUCUCCUUUUGGUUGGAACUGAAGGCAGAAAGCAGCUGGUCUAUUCACCACACCCCUGAUUCUCAGCAUCCCUGGGGCCAGGAGGUUCCCACAGUGACAUCUCUUGUGGGUGUGAUCCUUUAUUCACAGUCUUCUCCAUGGGCUUGGCUGGUCACCUGGAGACUCUUCCUGGACAAUUAGCUCCAGUCCUUCAUUAACCAUUUUUCUGGGGGGAAAAUGGAGGAAUGGACUGAACCAAAGCAGCUCAGUGAUGGUUCCAAGGGGCACCAGAUCUGCAAGUCAGGAUCAGCCAUGCUCCUCCAGCAGUUCCCCCUUGCUCAUCCCCUCCCGCGUCUUUCUCCUUCCUCUGCCCAUGCAAGAGAGAUGCAGAAAUGUCCCCAUGGAAUCUCUGGAAGGGAGCAGCCCAAAUCCAGUGGCAUUUCCCCAUCAUUAGGCAACACGUCCCAUCCCAUUUCUCACUGGGUCCAUCCUCACCUGACCAGCAGAACAGAGGAUGAGUCAAACCCUUGCCCAGCAUCACCUCCCCAUGCCCCCGAGCCCAGGGACCAGAUUCCCACCGUAGCUCCCAUGGAGUUAACGGAGCAGGACACCUCCCACAGCCAAAACGCUCAGUCCCAUGUGCUCCCAUGGCACGAUGCUCCUCGAACCCUGGGGGGAAGGAUCCGGCCCUCGGUCUCUCCCACCCCCGUUCCCAAACCAGCCAGGGAGGCACUCGCUUUCCUCUCUUCUCCUCGCAUCAUCAAUGAGAGGCAAAGUCAAUAAGAAGGUAAAAGAAGCUAUAUUAUAUAUAUAUAUAUAUAUAUAUAUAUAUAAAAUAUAUACAGAGAGAGGAGACGGAAUAAUAACCUAGAGAUUCUCUAUUUCUAUUGUAUAUUUAUUCUGUAAAUGUCACUGUAAAUGCUGUUAAAUGACAAAUCGUAUUCCAAAGUGGCCCAUGACCUAUUUUCAUUCCCAGUGCUGUACAGAUCAAUUCUCAUUCUAUAGCAGGGCAUAUUUUUACCUUUUUAUUUCUUGUGCGUGGUGGGUGCACGUCCCCUUCUCCCCCCCAGCCCCAGGGUGUCCAGCUGCCCUGGGGACCCAGCAGGGAGGAGGAGGAGGAGGAGGAGGAGGAGGAGGAGGAGGGACGACACCUUUACUUUUAUCUGUGGAAAUACUGUACUUUGUCGUGGCAUUUGCUCGGUGUUAGACACGGGGUGUUGGGGGGAGUGUGUGUGUGUUAGGUUUUAGGAGAUCCGUGUUGUCGCCGUGGGAGCGUGCGCGUGUUCGUCCGUAGAUGCCGUGCGUGGGGUGUGCGCGUGUCCGUGUGCGUGGGUGGCUUUAGGAUUCACUUCUGGCUGUACUCGCUCACUUUUGGAGCCUGCGUGGGGGUUUCUCCCGCUCGCCGGGGCAGGUUCUCCCUCCACACACCUUCUCGGGGUCCCAGGCUGUGGAUGAGGCCGACCCCCAGUGGCUUUUAGCCCUAGAAAUCACUUCUUUUCCUCUUUUUCUGCACAGAGGCACAGGGAAUAGCUGCUAGUUGUGAGCACAGGCACUUUUCAGUUUUCCUUCAGGCAGUGGGGCAAAGAGCGGGGAACCGCUGCCGAUAUCCCUGUCCCCCACAUCAGCUCCUCGAUGGGUUCCCAGCCCAGAUCCUGCUGCUCAGAGCAGUGUGGUGCCCCUGGCUGCGAGACGAGCAGGUGCUGGGUAGGUCGGGGGAGGUCCAAACCCUGUCCCCUCUCUGGGGGGAGGGUGUUCAGUGGGUCUGGAGAGGGCAGAAAGGAGGUUGCAGGAGGGGCACACCCUGUGGUGCUGGAGCUGCAGGUCCAGCCUGUAGGGCUGGAGUUGGGAUGCUCCGUUCCCCAGGACUCUGCUGCAGGGGCUGGACCUUGACCCCGGUACAAAGCAGAGGUCAAGGCAGGACAGGAGCCGGGUCCCCAGGUGUCCCAGGGCUCCUUCCCCUCAACCCCUCCAAAACAGCCCCUUCCUCACCUCUCAGCUCCCACCCAGACCCCGACAGGUCACAUUAAGCCCCAGCACCUCCCAGGAGCAACUCCCACUGCCUUCUAAUGGCCCCCGCCUCUCCCGAGCGUGGCUCUCGCCGGCAGGAGCGGCGCCGGGUGGCCUUGGUGGCCGGGAGGGACAUGGCACAGCCAUGGGAACACGCAGGAUGCGGCUGCUUCCCCUGGGACAAGCACAACACUGGCGAAACCCUCCUGUACAGGUAAAGCACAGACCUCCUAGUGACGCGUCCCGUGUCCCCUCGUAGCCGCAGUAGUUCCCUCGUGUGCCGGGCGCGGCCGGGCUGCGCCGCCCGGGCUCCUCGGCCAUCGGGAGAAACCCUGUAAGAGCUGUAUCGGAGUCUGAUUAAAAGUCUCUUCUUACCAAA